UUCACCUAAAACAACUUUAAUCCGAGCGUGAGAACGGGGGAAAUCAAAACACCGGAGUUCAUUCACUGCAUUGGUGCAAGGGAAUUAUUUUAUUCAUUAACUCCAGGAAAAGCCCAUUUAGACUUCAGCUUGAUCUCAAAGUCGGGAUUCGUCUAAAAAUAAAACUAUAUUCUUACCUAUCUACUUUAAAUAGUGUAUAUUUGUUUUAAAUUAUUGUAGUAUUUUAAAGUUUUCUUCUAGCUACAUGACGCAAGGUGUCACAGUACAAUAGGCUUGAAGGACGUUUGACAGAGACUUGUGCAUGGACUCGGUACCCGUGUUUUGCUCCGUUUGGAUCGUAGAGAAAUUGUGCGUGAGUACGUUACCGAGUAUUAUCGCUGUGCGGGACUUCCACACUAGAGGCGCCGCCUUUGCCCUCAGCACACACACACACACACACACACACACACACACACACACACACACACACACACACCCCCCAACAGGUGCCAGAGAGAGCCCACACACUUCCUACUGAGUAUUCGAGUACAGGCAGAGGAUCAUCCAGGACUUUACCUUGCACCGAGUUGGAUUUAUAAAGAAGAUUUGUCCGUGUGACAGGAUGAUGGAUGCAUGAGGGCGCGCGGAGAUCAAUACACUAAUUAACCAAUACCCUCUGAGCGCACGUGCAGAUCAGCUCCACUGGAUGUGUAUAACCGCAUCUCUAUCACCAGGUGGCUUUUCAAGUGUGUCUCUUUAUGCGCUUGUCUCUCGUUUGCGUACAUGCGCGCAUAAGGUGUUUUAGGAGCGAUCAAACAAAAGCGCAGAGCGGUCAGAGCGACAGUUCAGGAUAUUCAGUGAAGGAUUAAUUUAAACUUUGAUUUGCUGCGGAAUCGUCUGGAUCGGCACUCAAAAUUCGCGUCCCUAAACAGAAGAGAAUACAGAAACCCUAAAUGGGAUCUGUUCUGGAUUGAAUUAAAAUGUGUUUCCCUUUGUAAAGAAAAGGGGGGGGGAUCAUUCCAGUCGGAGGAGAUUACAAGUGUCUUUUUUCCUCAAAGACAAUUGUACUUCAAAUAGCAUUUGUAGUGACAAGCUCGUGUGACUCCUCUCUUUUAUGAAAUUCAAACUCCUGCACUGGUGCAACCGUUUCCCACCAGGAAUUUUGUUUGUAUAAUCAGAACUUGAGGAAGCAGCGGUGAUGUUUGUGUUGAAAGCCGUUGUGUGUUUUGGAGCGGUGCUUUGUGCAGUGUUUGGUGGGGCUGGGGCUCAGUCGUGCCCGUCUCAGUGCUCCUGCAGCGGGACAGCGGUGGACUGCCACGGUCAGAGACUGCGGAGCGUGCCGCGGAACAUUCCCCGCAACACUGAACGACUUGACCUGAAUGCAAAUAAUCUGACUAAAAUCACGAAGGCAGAUUUUGCGGGACUGCGGAACCUCAGAGUUCUGCAGUUGAUGGAGAACAAGAUUAGUUCUAUAGAGAGAGGGGCAUUUCAGGACCUGAAAGAGCUGGAAAGACUGCGUCUCAACAGGAAUAAUCUUCAGGUUCUUCCGGAGUUGCUGUUUCUGGGCACUACCAAACUCUUCAGACUUGAUCUGAGUGAGAAUCAAAUCCAGGGAAUCCCCAGAAAAGCAUUCAGAGGAGCUACUGAGAUAAAAAACCUGCAGUUGGACUAUAAUCAGAUUUCCUGCAUUGAAGAUGGAGCCUUCCGAGCUCUGCGGGACCUAGAAGUACUCACGCUGAAUAACAACAAUAUCACUCGUUUGUCAGUGGCCAGUUUUAACCACAUGCCCAAGCUCAGGACAUUUCGUCUGCAUUCUAAUAAUCUGCUGUGUGAUUGUCAUGUGGCAUGGCUCUCUGAUUGGUUGAGACAGAGGCCCCGCCUAGGCCUCUAUACUCAGUGUAUGGCCCCACCAUCCCUGAGGGGCCACAACAUUGCUGAAGUGCAAAAAAAAGAAUUCAUCUGUUCAGGGUCCCAGUCACACUCGUCCUGUAGUGUGCUGCAAUGUCCUGAGCUGUGCACCUGCAGUAAUAACAUAGUGGACUGCCGGGGGAAAAGCCUGACUGAAAUACCCACCAACCUGCCAGAGACCAUUACUGAAAUUCGACUGGAGCAGAAUUCCAUCAAGAUAAUCCCACCAGGAGCAUUCUCACUUUACAAGCGAUUGCGGAGAGUAGAUUUGAGUAAUAAUCAAAUAACUGAACUGGCUUCUGACUCCUUUCAAGGUCUCCGAUCUCUAAAUUCUCUAGUUUUAUAUGGGAAUAAAAUCGCAGAACUUCCCAAAGGCCUUUUUGAUGGACUAUUCUCAUUGCAGCUACUGUUGCUAAAUGCGAACAAGAUCAAUUGUUUGCGUGUAGAUUCUUUCCAAGACCUGCAAAAUCUCAAUCUUCUGUCACUUUAUGACAACAAACUCCAGACCAUUGCAAAGGGAACCUUCUCAUCUCUCCGAGCCAUACAGACGCUUCAUCUAGCCCAGAACCCCUUCAUGUGUGACUGCCAUUUGAAGUGGCUGGCUGACUACUUGCAAGACAACCCAAUUGAGACCAGUGGAGCUCGUUGCACCAGUCCGCGUCGCCUUGCCAACAAGCGCAUCGGCCAGAUCAAGAGCAAGAAGUUCCGCUGUUCAGCUAAAGAGCAGUACUUUAUACCAGGUGUGGAAGACUACCGAUCUAAACUAGGUGGGGAUUGCUUUGCUGAUCUUGCCUGCCCAGAGAAAUGUCGCUGUGAAGGAACUACAGUGGACUGCUCUGGGCAAAAACUCACCAAGAUCCCAGAGCACAUUCCUCAAUAUACAGCAGAACUCCGCUUGAACAAUAAUGAAUUUACAGUGCUGGAAUCAACAGGAAGUUUUAAGAAGCUUCCACAACUGCGCAAAAUUAACCUUAGUAACAAUAAGAUCACAGAUAUUGAGGAGGGCACGUUUGAGGGGGCCAGUGGCGUGAAUGAGCUCAUAUUAACUAGUAACAGCUUAGAGAGCGUCCACUACAGCAUGCUGAAAGGUCUCAGUGGCCUCCGUACACUGAUGUUGAGGAGUAACAAGAUAAGCUGUGUCAAUAACGGUAGUUUUACUGGUCUGAGCUCUGUGAGGCUGCUCUCCCUCUAUGAUAACCUGAUCACCUCCAUGUCCCCGGGAGCCUUUGACACUCUCCACUCCCUCUCAACACUGAACUUGCUGGCCAAUCCGUUUAACUGUAAUUGUCAUCUGGCCUGGCUGGGAGAAUGGCUUCGUAAGAAACGAAUUGUCACAGGCAACCCCCGCUGUCAGAGACCAUACUUUCUUAAAGAGAUCCCUAUUCAAGAUGUAGCCGUACAAGACUUUGCCUGUGAAGACGGUAAUGAUGAGAAUAGCUGUUCACCUCAGGCUCGCUGUCCUGCUGAGUGUUCAUGUUUGGAUACAGUGGUUCGCUGCAGUAAUAAAGGACUCAAAGUUUUACCCAAGGGCAUUCCUAAAGACGUUACAGAACUCUAUCUCGAUGGCAACCAGUUCACACAAGUCCCUCUGGAACUAUCCAAUUAUAAACACCUCACUCUCAUACCUGAAAAAUCAUCCGGCCGGGAUUUCAAAAUUGCCUCUAAAUGUCCAGGAUUUGGCUUUGUCUUCAUAUUGAUGUGCUCUCUACAUGAUUUGAGUAAUAACCAGAUCAGCACAUUGUCCAACCACAGCUUCAGUAACAUGUCCGAGCUGCUCACCCUAAUUUUAAGCUACAACAGACUGAGGUGUAUUCCUUUAAAAGCUUUCGACGGCCUCAAAUCUCUGCGCUUGUUGUCUCUCCAUGGUAAUGAUAUUGCUGUGAUCCCAGAUGGAGCUUUCAAAGAUCUGUCCUCUCUCUCCCACCUGGCUCUGGGAGCAAACCCCCUGUACUGUGAUUGUCACAUGCAGUGGCUUUCUGACUGGGUAAAGAGCGGCUACAAGGAGCCUGGAAUUGCACGCUGCACUGGUCCAGGAGAGAUGACUGACAAACUCCUGUUGACUACGCCCUCCAAAAAAUUCACCUGCACAGCUCCAGUGGAUGUGAGCGUUUUGGCAAAAUGUAACCCUUGUUUAUCCAACCCCUGUAAAAACGACGGAACCUGCAAUAACCAUCCUGUAGACUUUUACAGAUGCACCUGUCCAUAUGGUUUUGAGGGUCAAGACUGCGAGGAACCAAUUCAUGCAUGCAUCAGUAACCCCUGUCAGAAUGGAGGUACCUGCCACCUGAAGGAUGGAGAGGAGAACACUCACUGGUGUGUGUGUCCAGAUGGAUUUGAAGGAGAUGAAUGUGAGAUAAAUAUUGAUGACUGUGAAGAUAAUGACUGUGAGAAUAACUCUACCUGUGUGGAUGGGAUCAACAACUACACCUGCCUCUGCUCACCUGAAUACACAGGAGAGCUGUGUGAAGAUAAGAUGGAUUUCUGUGCUUCAGAGCUGAACCCAUGUCAGCACGACUCAAAAUGUAUUCUGACUGCUAAGGGCUUCAUGUGUGAGUGCACUCCAGGUUACACAGGGGAGCACUGUGAGGGGGAUUUUGAUGAUUGCGAAGACAAUAAGUGUAAAAACGGUGCUCAGUGUAUCGAUGCUGUGAAUGGCUACACGUGUGUGUGUCCAGUAGGGUACAGUGGGCUGUUCUGUGACUUCUCUUCUCCGAUGGUACUGCCCAGAACAAGUCCGUGUGACCACUAUGAUUGUGCCAACGGUGCACAGUGUGUUGUCAAGGACACAGAUCCUGUGUGUCAGUGUCUCCAUGGUUACGAGGGCAUGUGGUGUGAGCGAUUGGUCAGCGUCAACUUCAUCAAUAGAGAAUCUUUCCUACAGAUCCCCUCCAAUCUUAUAACAGAACAGGCCAAUAUAUCACUCCAGAUUGCCACAGAUGAGGAUAAUGGAGUGUUGCUUUACAAAGGCGAUAAUGAACACAUCGCUGUUGAGCUGUACAGAGGCAGACUGAGAGUCAGUUACGACUCUGGGUCCUAUCCCCCUUCUGCAAUCUACAGUGUGGAAACGAUAAAUGAUGGAAGUUUUCAUGUAGUGGAGCUGGUGGCAAAAGAUCAGUCUCUGUCUCUCUCCAUUGAUGGAGGCAGCUCCAAAUCCAUUACUACUGCCAACAAUCCCAGCCCAGUACCCAGCCCUGCUCCGCUUUACGUUGGUGGAAUUCCUCUGCAGUCUGGAAUGGCCUCUUUGCAUCAGGGCUCUGGGAGAAACGGCUCUAGUUUCCACGGCUGUAUCAGAAACCUCUAUAUUAAUGACAAGCUCCAGGACCUCACCCAGUUCUUGCUGCAGGAGGGGGUGGUGCCAGGCUGCCAGCCAUGCCAGCGGAGUGUGUGCGCUCAUGGGCAGUGCCACGCUACCGGUCACUCAUCCUUCAGCUGUGAGUGUGAGGCAGGGUGGACUGGGCAGCUGUGCAACCAGCAGAUCAACAAUCCAUGUGAUGGGAACAAAUGUAUCCAUGGUUCCUGUCUACCAAUAAACUCGUACUCGUAUAGCUGUCGCUGUCAUCCAGGCUUCGCAGGUGUAUUGUGUGAUGAAGAGGAACAGAUGAGUCCCUGUCAGUACAUAGCGUGUAAACACGGGCGCUGUCGCGUGUCUGGGCUGGGGAAAGCCUAUUGUGAGUGCAACAGCGGCUACACAGGGCAAAGCUGUGAUAAAGAGAUGGCGUGUCGGGGGGAACGGGUCCGAGAUCACUAUCAGACGCAGCAGGGCUACGCAGCAUGCCAAAGCACAGAGAAGGUCUCCCGUUUAGAGUGUCGGGGCAGCUGUGGGGACAGGACCUCCUGCUGCGCCCCCCUCCGCAGCAAACGCAGGAAAUACACCUUCCAAUGCACAGAUGGAUCCUCUUUUGUACAGGAGGUGGAAAAGGUUGUCAAGUGUGGCUGCACAAAAUGUCCAUCCUAAAUAAUGAAAAAGAAGAAAUACAUACUUACCCCCUCUUCUCCCCUCGCUUUCUUCUUGAUUGAUGUCCCCUGUUUUUGUUUCAUCUUUUUUUGUCAGUGUUGGACUAAUGUUUUUUUUUUUUUUUUUUCUGCAAAGGAGAUAAUGGAUUACUGUAAGAUAAAGAACAAAUUUAUUUUUUAUUAUGAAGUGGAAAAAAAGACAAAAAAUAGAUUUUAGAGGGUUUUUUUUUUUUUUUUUUUUUUGCCAUCAUUUCAGGAAUUGUGACCUUUUAAAUUCCUUAUUUGCAAAAUCACCUCAGUCAAGAAUGGCAAGCAAGCACACCCUGUUGACAUAUUUCACUUUUUUGUGACAUUCUUUUACGUGGUUUUCUGGACUGCCACUAACUAAUUUCACCUGGACUUUAAGGUGAGAUACAGUAUCACCAUGGAGACUGCAAGGGGAUUUCCCUCCACUUUUUGACAGUGUACCUCUUCAAGCACACACAAUCAUAACUGCUUCCAUUCACGCACAUACAAUUUUGCACACCUCAACCACUAGGUGUACACAGAUGAUCUCUUCAAGCAUAUACACACACUUACACACACAUGCACACCCUCAUCUGACUCACUUUAUAAACCAUUUGUAUUUAUUGUAUCAAAAAUACUGUCACAUUACUUAUAUUCGGUAUAGUCCUUCUUUUCCCUGGAGUUACAGUUGGAAUUUCUUAAUAUAUAUUAAUUUAUAUUCGUCCUUUUACUGAUUUAAAUUACUCCUAGCUUACUGAGUAGGAUAACUAACAUUGUGUCUCCUUCAUUCGGUUGGUUUGACCAAUGGGACUGUUGUAUUUACCAUAAAAAAGAAAAUGUAAAAAAAACAAGCAAACAAACAAACAAAAAACUUAGUGGUGUUAUAAAUCUUCAAAUGUCAAGUGAAAACCUUGUAUAUUUUUGUUGAAUCUCCUAAAAAAAUGUGUAUGGUGACACAGAUGUGCUUUAUACUAGAGUUUAAAUGUAUAGUUAAAAUUUCCCCAUGUAUUCUGUAUAGACUGCACACCAUAGUUAAAAAAAAAAAUAACAGUAGCGACGAUAGCCAUCAAUAAACCUCUUUGUAAAAAGUUCUCCUCGCAAAUCCUUUUUAAAUGAUACAAAUAGAAAAAAAACUGUGACAUUUUUCUAAAUGAUACUACUUUGUUUACCACUCUGUUUCCCCAAUGUUAACAUAUUGCUGCUAAAUUGGUAUUGUAGACUUUGGAUGAUGAUGCUGAUGUUUAUUGUAGAGGACGUUGCUCAUACAUUGAUGAGCAAAUUGUUUUACUGACCUAUGAAUAAAGAUGUC